AUGUUUAACAUCAUCAGAUUUUCAAAGAUAUUCACAGUGAUAUUCCUAAACCUUCACACCAUAAACCGCUUUGGACACCAUGAACUGACCAAUGAGAAACUUUUCAUUCGUCAGUUGGAUGCUGGUAAGAAUGAAAUCAAAAAUAUUCAACAACCGGUGGAUCAUUUCGAUGCGAAAGAAACAAGAACUUGGAACAUGACGUAUAUUCAAAAUCUAGAAUUUUGGAAGCCAAAUGGACCGAUCUACAUAAGCAUCGGUGGCGCAAGUUCAUAUAAAACUCAAUUAAAUAUUUUCAAAAAAGGAUUCUUUCUCUACGAUCUUGCCAAAGAAACCAAUGGGGCAUUGUUCGGCACAGAACACAGGUACUACGGGAAAAAUACCCCAUUGAGCAACACAAACACAGAGAACCUAAAAUAUCUAAACUCACGACAAGCUCUUGCUGAUGUAGCAAAGUUAAUCAAACACGUCAAGUCAAAAUUGAAAGCUGAAAAUUCUAAAGUUGUGGUGGCUGGCGGGAGUACGUUAGGCAACGCAGGGAACCUGGCUGCCUGGAUGAGGCUGUUUUAUACGGACAUAGUAGACGCUGCUGUGUCAGCUAGUGGACCUGUUCUGGCCAAAGCAGACUUUAAAGAUUUCUUUGAAAUUGUUGGUGAAAAUUAUUUGAAAUAUGGCACUUCGGGGUGUUACGACAAAAUAACCAAAAUGUUUAUAAGAUUCCAAACCUUACUUAGUACCCCUGAAGGUACAAAACAGCUUAAAAAAGAAGAAGAGAUUUGUGAUUUUGUUAAUAUGUCCAUGAAAGAAAAUCAACAAGUAUUUUUUGAAUUCUAUUUGGAUAAGUACAUACUUUCGGCUUAUGUUGCUCCGGACGUCACUUACUUUGAAGAUGAAUGCGAGAAAAAUUUCAACGACACUAACUUAGAAUCUGACUUAUUUCUCUCAAAACCUGAUUAUGUAGUACGUGAUGAACAAGGUUGGUGCUAUAAUUUCGAUUUCUUUCAACUAUUCAACAGAAAAUUCAAAGAUUGUUGGUUGUACCAACAGUGCACGGAAUUUGGGGCUUUCCCGAGCACAGAAGCGGGUAAGCAUCCAUUUACCAACAGUCUACCAGUGGAAUACUACUACAAGGCAUGUAAACUACAAUUUGGACCUGAAUUUGGUAAAAACAGAGUGGAAGAUGGAAUUAAGGCUACAAACGAAAUGUACGGAGGUCUUCACCCUAAUGUAACAAAAGUGGUCUUUGUCAAUGGUGAGUUCGACCCUUGGCGAAGGCUGGGUGUCACAGAGAAUCUAUCAGAUGAUGCUCCAGCGUUUGUCAUUGCAAAAUCUGGCCGUGCUGAACUGCUGAUACAUCCGUAUAUGGAUGUAGACUCUGAUGAGCUAAAAGAUGCUAGGAAGAAAGUGAAGUCUUUGGUAAAAAAGUGGAUUGGUUUGUAAAAUACAAUACAGGACAGCGCAAAUAUUUUCGGGUAGUAUUAAAAACCGCUUGCAGCGCGCUGCAGCAUGUCUUAUUUUUAUUUUUUACUGUUUUGCAUAUAUAAACGUGCAAAUAUUUUCGGGUAGUAAUAAA